CUUUUCCUGUGCUUCGAGUUCUUGCAAAGAGAAACUGUGAUGCUUGGCUUCCAGUUUGAUGCUUCUUUGUUCAGAUUGGAAAUUCUUCCUAGCUUCUUUCUCUAUUUAUGUAGCAAGGAUUCUUUCCGGCCCAGUGAUCCUGGUUUCUUUUGGAAGGUUUCAGUUUUUUCGUUCUUUCUUGAAAUUUCUCUUCUUGCCUUAGGCAGAUCUUUGAUCUUGUGAGGAGACAGGAGAAAAGGAAGAAGCUAGUUUCCUGCGGCCGACCUCUUGCUUCUCACUUUGUGAUGAGUUUUCUUUGGUCAAUUCUUAGCUAGAUAUGUUAAGAUAGUUAGUUAAGCAAAUCGAAAUUGCUAGCUUUUCCAUGCUUUCUUAAACAUGAUUCUUCAGAUUUGGUUGGUUCUUUUUUUUCCUUUUUGUGGAGACGUGCUGUUCUUGCAUCUUAUCCUUCUUGAUUCAUCUACCCAUCUGGUUCUUUGAGCUUUCUUUUUCGCUUCUUCCCUUCAUUAUUUCGAGCAAUCUCUGCACAUCUGAAAGUUUUGUUUCUUGAGACUACUUUUGCUAGAUCUUGUUUACUCGAUCACUCUAUACUUGCAUCUAGGCUCCUUUCUAAAUAGGCGAUGAUUGAGCUUUGCUUAUGUCAAAUGAUGGGAUAGAUAUUGUCCCAGUCUCCAAAUUUGAUCCAUAUCCGCCAAGUCUUUCAUCAUCUUUUUCUUUCUUUUUUAUGAGCAAAAAUCAUCUUUUUCUUUCAAAGUUCAGCUUUUUUCUCUUGUUUUACCCCUCUUUAGCUAUAGCUGGUUUCUUAUUCCUUUUGGAUUUACAUGUAUAAAACAUGCUUGAAUUUGUUAGAUCGAUCACUUUAUACACAUACUAUGUGAAUCACGAUCUCAGAUCUCUCAGUAUAGUUGAAUUCAUUAAUUUCUUAGAUCGAUCAGCGUGUGAUGUAGUACUGUAAAUCACUACUAGAUCUUUCAUCAGUCUCUUUUCUGCAUCUAUCAAUUUCUCAUGCAAGUUUUAGUUGUUUCUUUAAUCCGGUCUCUCUCUCUUUUUUAAUCAGCUGAGAGUUUGUGCUGUUCUUUAAUCAUUACCAGAUCUUUCAUCAUUGAGAGCAAGAAGACAUGGGGAGGGGCAGGAUUGAGAUCAAGAGGAUCGAGAACACGACAAGCCGCCAGGUGACCUUCUGCAAGCGCCGCAACGGACUUCUCAAGAAGGCGUAUGAGCUCUCCGUCCUCUGCGAUGCCGAGGUGGCUCUCAUCGUCUUCUCCAGCCGUGGCCGCCUCUACGAGUACUCCAACAACAACAAUGUGAAGGCUACAAUUGACAGGUACAAGAAGGCGCAUGCUUGUGGCUCAACUUCUGGUGCACCUCUCAUAGAGGUCAAUGCUCAGCAAUACUACCAGCAGGAGUCUGCCAAACUGCGCCACCAGAUUCAGAUGCUGCAAAACACCAACAAGCACCUGGUUGGCGAUAAUGUGAGCAACCUGUCACUGAAGGAGCUGAAGCAACUUGAAAGCCGCCUGGAGAAAGGCAUUUCAAAGAUCAGAGCCAGGAAGAAUGAACUGCUGGCUUCAGAGAUCAAUUACAUGGCCAAAAGGGAGAUUGAGCUUCAGAACGACAACAUGGACCUCAGAACCAAGGUAAAUACAUAUCAGAUUGCUGAGGAGGAGCAGCAGCUGCAGCAGGUGACGGUGGCCCGGUCGGCCGCCAUGGAGCUGCAGGCUGCGGCGGCGGCGCAGCAGCAGCAGCAGAAUCCGUUCGCGGUGGCGGCGGCGCAGCUGGACAUGAAGUGCUUCUUCCCGUUGAACCUGUUCGAGGCGGCGGCGCAGGUGCAGGCCGUGGCGGCGCAGCGCCAGCAGAUCAUCCCCACCGAGCUCAACCUCGGCUACCACCACCACCUUGCCAUUCCCGGCGCCGCCGCCGCCGACGCGCCGCCUCCUCACUUCUGAACCUCAUGAACUUCAUUCUGCACCGGCCUGCUGCCAUGGAUAUGAUGAUCAGCUCAUCUUCUAUAUCUUAUGCUGUUAUGCAGACAGACACUACUGAUGUGGCUAUAUAUAUAGUAUUUGUGUGCUGCUGCAUUUUGUUAAUCCCUUAUAAAUUGCUACUUAAUUAUCUCAUGGAGAAUUGGAGAGACCAAAUGGGCAGAGCUAGCUAGUUAGCUGUGCCCAAUUAAGAAGCUAAAUCUAUCAGAAGUGUGUACUGAUGAGUGAUGAGUAUUUUUCUUCAUUUGGGAUCAAAUUAAACUAAGUAAAACAUAUAUAUUUGACUUAUGUUUUACGUGCAUGCAUGCAUGCUUAA